ACGCUUCGCAACAUAAGCUGGGUAGAGGGGGUUCUCUUUAAGGGCAAAGGAAAGUUCACACGUCGAGAAUCCAGCUGUAACACACCGCAAAGAGCCCUUUAGUUUCACAGGGUUUAUUUAUUUCUUCCUUUCUCUCCGAAAAUGACCACGUCUGUGGUGUCGCCUCUGUUCGAUUACAGCGAAGUUAUCAACAACAAGAACAACAAAAUGCUGAAUUACAAUAACAACAUACUUGGUGCUUCACAUUCCAUGCCUGUGCCUUGCACUGGUGCGAAUCUGACCAUCUCCAACCCCACUGGGAGCCUGCUGGACAGGAAGGCUGUGGGGACACCAACCAUUGGUGGGGUUUACCAACGACGGCACUCGGUCACUUUGCCCAGCAGCAAGCUCAACCAGAACCAGUUCCUGAGCAAUGGGAAGGCAGAUUCGGCGUUGGUCGGCCCUGGGAUGGGCAGCAGCAACAAGGAGAACCGACUUCGUGAUCGGUCUUUCUCAGAGACCGGGGACCGGCUGAUGAAGUGCAUGAGCUCCAGUGGCACUGGAAGCAAUCAGGUGAACUCAAGCCGCUACAAAACAGAGCUGUGCAGGCCAUUUGAGGAGAAUGGUGCAUGCAAGUAUGGUGACAAGUGCCAGUUUGCCCAUGGCAUCCAUGAGCUCCGCAGUCUUAACCGCCACCCUAAGUACAAGACGGAACUCUGCCGCACCUUCCACACCAUUGGCUUUUGCCCAUAUGGGCCACGCUGCCAUUUUAUCCAUAAUGCAGAAGAGCGCCGUGGACCUCCAGCUGCCCCAUCCCCACUCUCUCCUUCUAACAAGCUGGAUAGGCCACGGCUCCAGCACAGCUACAGUUUUGCAGGGUUUCCCAGCUCUGGAGGCCUAAGAGACAGCCCCACUUCUGUCACACCUCCACCCAUGUUCUCCCCAGAUGAGCUGCCUGAGUGGCCCAGCAGCAAUCCCUUCACUUACUCCAGCCAGGAGCUGGCCAAUCUCUUCUGCCCCAGCUUGAGCAGUGGAUCUGGUGCUGAUCACAAUAUUCAUGCACCAUCUUCUCCAUCCAACACCCCUUACUCCUUUAGACCCAUGUCUGAGUCUCCCCACCUCUUUGAGUCUCCGUCCAGCCAGCCAGACUCACUGUCUGAUCAGGAGGGGUACCAGAGCAGCUCAGGAGGGAGCCUGAGUGGCUCAGAAUCACCCAUCCUUGAUACCACCCGCCGACUGCCCAUCUUCAGCAGGCUGUCCAUCUCAGAUGAUUAAGGUUAAUAAGCUGCAGAUCCUCUAUUUGAACUCAGCAGUGGGCAGAGAGCAUGAAGGGUGAACUUGCCCUUUAUCGCCUGUCUACUCUUCAGCCUUCUAGGGGCAGUAAACUUCCCUUGUAUCACUUAGGCUUUGAAAAGGUGCAGUCAAUUAAGGGAACUCUUAUUUGAAUCUUCAUUUAACCACAACAAGCAAAACCUUUCCCUAAAUUCUCUUUGGCCCAAAACGUGCAUCCUACCUUGGCCUUAUCUCCAGUGCCUUGCCAUGACAUGUGACUGUGCCAAAACAGCUAGAGCAGGAAGUGGAUUGGUGAAUGGUAAGAGACUGUUAUGCGAGGUCCGACUGCCUCAGUAAUGCCAAGUUGAGCCACAGCUGGUGUGUUCAGGGAAAAGUUCUGCUCUGAGGAUCCUCCCCCCACAAAGUACCACUCAAGGACACUUCUAACUAUCUAAAUGGGUUUGCUUAAGUCAUGCUUAAAUCCUUCUCAGCUGCCUGAUGCAGGCUAACAUCAAGAAGAAAAAAGUGAUUGGGGUUUAAAUGUUGAGGUAAAGGACUAUUGCUCACUUUUCAUUAGUUUUUUGCGACCUAGUAUAGUAGCUCUUGCUUUUGAGCAUCCUUUAAUCCCUUAGAUGGCAGACUGUGUCAGUUUGGGGGAUGAACUUAUGAAAUUGAAACUGGGAGUUAGAGUAUUUGGCACAUUCUGUUUUUAUCAUGUGCUCCAGCUUGGUCCUAAAAAACUAGCACAAGCUGUAAGAUUGGACGCCUUCAUUUACAAACGAACAACUUCACUGCCACACUGCUACAGCCCCCCCACCCUCACUGUGGCUGGUCACUUGGUGUUUUUUGUGAAGGAUUGGCCUAACUGGUGAUUUAUAAUCUUAAACACUGACUUUUUACUCACCUUCCUAUCAGUGAAGGGGAAUUCCAACAUUCCCAAGGUGCAGCUGAACUUCCUGCAACUUCAUAUUAGAUCUUCAAGCUAACUUGCUUUUCCAUAAAAUCUGCUCAAAGGAGCACUUGGUAAUUUCAUAAUAUCUUUCCAUCUUUUUUUUUUUUCCUCUCAUUCGACUUUGUCAUUGUUAUGUUUAUAUUAUUAUUGUUUGGAAAAAGAAAACUUUCAAGACAGAAGGUUUUGCUUGUCACUGCUUAUUUAACUUAUCAGACAUAUUUAUUGGUGAUCAUAUGCAUUUUUUUUGUUAAUUUUGUUUGUAUUUAUCUUAAUGAAACGAUAGAAUAUAUUUUCUUUUAUGUUAAAUUAUGAUCUUCUGUAUUAAUCUUAAGAUUGUGAAGACUUGUCAACUUUUUCUUUUUUUUCCACAGUUUAAUAUAUUGUACUACAAUGACUUGUUUGCAACUACACUUUGAUAAAAAUGAAACUUAAUUUAAAGCAAAAACAAAAAAAGCUCCUCUGUGUUUUGAUUAUUUAUUGUAGAUUUUUUCAUUCAUUCUUCCCAAAUGUUGGACUGCAAAACCAUUAGGUCUAAUGUUUCUUUGAUCUGUACUUUAAGUGUGACAGUGCAUUCAUCUUAUUUUUGUUGUCUCUUGUCCCCACCCCCACCCCCCAAGUUUUUUUUUUUUUUAAUUAUUAUUUUUAAUUUUUUUUUUGGGCAAGUUUAAUCCUUGCAAGUAGCAUUUUCCCCUUAGUGCCAGAAGUGGUAAUGAAAGAUACAGUAUCAGUAAUAUUAAAUUGUAUAUUAUGAGCACUAGAUAUCCUGGAAAAUUGUUACCAGAGAUAGUUUGAUUCAAGAUGAUGGCCUUAAAGCAUCUUACAUUCUAGCUACCAUCCUGAAGUGCAUUUUAAUGUUGCGUUGUGUUCAGUGAAGCUGAUUGUGGUGUGAUAUCAAUGCAGGUUACAAAACUUCAGUGUUAAAAGCAGUUCCUCCAGUUACAUGUGUUAAUUAGACGAAUUGCAGGCAAUAACUGUGACCAAAUGGGUUGGAGAAUAGGCAUCCCUUUUUUUUUUUCUUGUUCAAUGAUUGGAUCUAUUUUAAUACUUAUUCCAACCCAAAUGUAAAGUGCCUCUUUUUAUACAUUCCAUAGAGCUUAUGCUCAUUGCCUUGAAUAAUGACACAGAAGCUACGUUUUGAGUAGUUAUUCCUCAGUUGUUGAAGAUUGGUUAACAGGAUAGACACAAAGAAAGUAUCUAGCCUAAACUGUUGAAUGUAUUUUAAACGGCGUUUGCUGUUCACUACAGUAAUUUCUGUGAGUUUAUAUAAAGAUGAUUGCUUUUUUUUUUUUUUUGUAAUGACUGAUUUGCAGUUAAAACCAAUAAACCCCAUAUUUUUCAGAAAA